GAGGUUUUUCCCUCCGCUCUUUUUGAUCCGUUGCUCUCGGAAGCAAAACGAACGCAGCGCAGAUUCCGGAGAGGAAGCAGGAUCGUCGCGGAGGGGAGAAGGAGCCGUCGGGCAGCUUCUGGGAUUUCUCGCCUUUAAAACCGGGUCGGUUUUAAAGCAGCCGACGGGACGUUUGAGGCAGAAGAGCCAAGAUGCCGAGCGCAGAAAGCAGGGCUGAGAGGACGGUCGGCAACCGAGAGGCAGCAACUCGGUUGGGAAAGGUUUUAAAGCGUCGAAGGCGCCUGAAAAAAGGAAAAAAAAGAAGAAAUAAUAAAAAGAAGCCAACGCUUCCCCUGGCUUUGCAGUUAAUUCCCCCGGACCGGCUGCCCUCGGGGCCCCGUCGCGGCUGGGGGAUUGCAAACCCACCCGUGAAAUUAAAAAACCAGAAACCCGAGCGGAGGACGGCCGGGCUCAAGGGCUGCGUAACGAGGUUCGCAUCUGCGCUGGGCUCGUGGAGGCUAAAGGUGUUUCCUUUUUGGCACGGCAGCUGACGUGCGGCGGGUUAAUUCUUUUAGCAGAGAAGAAGGUCUUCUAGCCGAUCUCGCCAUGUUCAGCAAGAAGAAGAAACGCAUCGAGAUCUCCGCCCCCUCCAACUUUGAGCACCGCGUCCACACCGGCUACGACCAGCAGGAGCAGAAGUUCACCGGGCUGCCGCGGCAAUGGCAGGGCAUCAUCGAGGAGUCGGCCAAGCGGCCCAAGCCGCUGGUGGACCCCGGCUGCAUCACCGCCAUCCAGCACGGCUCGCAGAAGACCAUCGUUCGGGGGAGCAAAGCCGCCAAGGACGGCUCCCUGGCCUGGCUGCUGGACGAGUUUGAGAACAUGUCCGUGUCCCGUUCCAAUUCUCUGCGCAGGGACAGCCCCCCCUUGCCGCCUCGCCGCGACCGCCUCUACCAGGAGAACGGCCUCUCCGAGGGCCCGGCUAAAAACCGACCUCCCGAAGCGGCCGUCGGCGGAAGGAACAAGGAGAAAAACCGUCCCGGCGUCAAGAGCGGCGAGUCGGAGCAGGGCAAGGAGAAAACCGGCGACGGGGACGAGCAGCGGCAGCAGCCCCGCGGGCAGCGAGCGGGCGGCAAAGCGGCUCCCGGCGGCCGGCCGCCCCCUCCCGCCUACGCCAAACCAGCCGGCGACGGCAAAGGGCGAGCGGCGGAGCGCGACGGCGAGCCGGCCGACGGCGUGGUGCGCCGCGAGCGCCCCGACGCCUCCGACAAGAGACCCAAAUCCAGCUACGGCGGCGAGAGCUGCCCGCAGUCGCCCCGCGACAAACGGCCGCUCUCCGGACCCAGCAUCCGGACUCCUCACAUCCCCGUGUCCGAAGGGGUGAUGAAAACGGCUCAGCAGACCGGACGGCCUUUCAAUACCUACCCGCGGGCCGAGAGCGAUGCCGUCAGGGCCGCCGGUUCGCAGGCGGAGCCCAGGCCGGGCCGACCGCAGGAAUCGGCGUCCAACGGGCCGCUGAGCUCCGGCCCCGGCGGCUCGUCCCGCGUCCGCCCGCCGCGCGCCGCCGACCCCGAGCCGCCGCCGCCGCCGCCGCCCCUCGGCUCCCACGUUUCGGACCCGCAGCCGGCUCGACCGCCCGGCGCCUGCCCGCCGCCGUCGGCGGCCCGUUCGCCUCAACGGGAACCCCAACGCGUCUCGCACGAGCAGUUCCGGGCCGCCUUGCAGAUGGUGGUGGAUCCGGGAGACCCUCGCGCCUACCUGGACAACUUCAUCAAGAUCGGCGAAGGCUCCACGGGCAUCGUCUGCAUCGCCACCGUCAAGAGCAGCGGCAAGCUGGUGGCCGUCAAGAAGAUGGACCUGCGCAAGCAGCAGCGGCGCGAGCUGCUCUUCAACGAGGUGGUGAUCAUGCGAGACUACCAGCACGAGAACGUGGUGGAGAUGUACAACAGCUACCUGGUGGCGGACGAGCUCUGGGUGGUCAUGGAGUUCCUCGAAGGCGGCGCUUUGACGGACAUCGUCACGCACACCCGGAUGAACGAAGAGCAGAUCGCGGCCGUCUGCCUGGCCGUCCUGAAGGCGCUGGCCGUCCUCCACGCGCAGGGCGUCAUCCACCGCGACAUCAAGAGCGACUCCAUCCUGCUCACGCACGACGGCAGGGUGAAACUCUCCGAUUUUGGGUUUUGCGCCCAAGUGAACAAGGAGGUGCCGCGGCGCAAGUCGCUCGUGGGGACGCCGUACUGGAUGGCGCCGGAACUCAUCUCCCGCUUACCCUACGGACCCGAGGUGGAUAUCUGGUCCCUGGGCGUGAUGGUGAUAGAAAUGGUUGACGGGGAGCCGCCCUAUUUUAACGAGCCUCCGCUGAAGGCCAUGAAGAUGAUCCGGGACAACCUGCCGCCGAAGCUCAAAAACGUGCACAAGGUCUCGCCGUCCCUCAAGGGCUUCCUCGACCGCAUGCUGGUGAGGGACCCGCUGCAGCGGGCCACCGCCGCCGAACUCUUGAAACACCCUUUCCUGGGCAAAGCGGGGCCGCCCUCCGCCAUCGUGCCCCUCAUGCGGCAGAACAGGAUGAGAUGAGACGCCCCGGCGGCGCCCCCCGCCCGCCCCCACCACCACCACCUCCGCACCAAAGACGCCGAGACGCCGUUAACCAUCCCCGGGGCCGCCCGAGCGGGAGCCGCGGCGCCGAGCCGGCUUGGCCGACGGCUGCCGAACCUGCUGCUGACGGCGUCCCGGCUUUGCCGACGGGGAUGAGCCGGCUUUGCCGAUGGGGCCGAGCCGGCGGCCUCCUGGCUUUGCCGGCAGCGCUGAGCCGGCUGCCGGUGGCCUCCUGGCUUUGCCGACGGCACCAAGCCGGCUACCGGCGGCCUCCCGGCUUUGCCGACGGGGAUGAGCCGGCUUUGCCGACGGGGCCGAGCCGGCUGCCGGUGGCCUCCUGGCUUUGCCGACGGCACCAAGCUGGCUUUGCCGACGGCACCAAGCCGGCUACCGGCGGCCUCCCGGCUUUGCCAGCGGCCUCCCAGCUUUGCUGAUGGGGAUGAGCUGGCUUUGCCGACGUCGCCAAGCCGGCUGCCGGCAGCCUCCCGGCUUUGCCGACGGCGAUGAGCCGGCUUUGCCGACGGGGCCGAGCCGGCUGCCGGCGGCAUUCCGGCUUUGCCGACGGGGACUCCCGGCUUUGCCGUCGCCUCUAACUGGAUUCGUGACUGUGCCACUACUGUCGGGACGCCCCGGCCCUCCGCGCUGCCGAGUCGAGUCGGCCUCUUUCUUUUUUUUAACGACUCCAACAAGCGCCGCCGGCAAACGAGUCGCGACGCGGGGAGCGAAGGCCGCCGGAGCCCGGAAGGACGGCGGUGGCCGGGCGCCUUCCUCCCACUUCGCCCCUGCCGUCAUUUCGGGGCCGUUUGAGGCAUCUCGCCGUCUUUUUUUUCUUUUUUUUUUCUUUUUAUUUUUUAAUCCGCUUUUCUAUCUCGGCUCGGAGCGGUGGAGGCCGAGGCGGCGGGGUGGCGGGGGCAGUUUUCCGGCCCCUCUCGGCACCGGCUCGCUCCUGCCGCCUCCCCAAACACUACGGCGCCCGUGGGCCUUCGCCCGGGCCAAAACUACUGAUUUUAAGGGGAGGGGUGGGGGGGGGGUCUGUUUGCUCCUCAUUCCGCAAAUGGAAUUUUGUUUUUUGGGUUUUUUUUUUUGUUGUUGUUUUCUUUUAUUUUUUUUUUUAAAUGAAGCUAUUUAUAUUGUCGUUUUGUAACGCUGCAGUGUUGGGGCGGGCGGAGGCGCCCGGGGCCCCGUUCGGCCGCGGUUGAGAUUACAGGUUUCUUUUUUUGGAGAAAAA